CGAGUUUGGUUCUUAAACAAAACCAAACGUAAACAGAGGUCAGAGCAUAUUGACGCUCGCAUCUCUGUCUUGCACAACUUCAAAUUCGAUUGUAUUAGAAACGGAUCAAAUCAAUUAAGGUGAAUGAAGCAUUUGCGAGCUUAAUUUUUUUGCUAAUUUAAAGUUCUUAAAUCUUCAACAAUGGGCAAGAGAAAGCAUGAAAAGACUGAAGAAGAAAAGCGAGAGGAGGAGCAGUAUUUGAAAAAGCCUGCUCCCCACACCGUUAUUAAGCAUCAGAUAGAACAAGAAAAGAGGCUAAUAGUUGUCUUGGAACGAGCUAAUGUUGAAGUUGUAAAGGCUGGCAAGCAUUAUGAACUCCUGAACUGCGACCAUCACAUGGGCCUCAUCCGCAAGUAUAAGAAGGACUUGGCAGAUUGCAGGCCGGAUAUUCUACACCAGUGCCUGCUUAUGCUGCAGGAUUCCCCCCUCAAUCAAGCUGGGCUGUUACAAGUCUACAUUCACACAGAAAAAAAUGUGCUUAUCCAGAUAGAUCCACAGUGCAGGAUUCCCCGAACAUUUAAGAGAUUUGCUGGCUUAAUGGUCCAACUGCUGCAGCGUCUAAGUGUUAGGUCUUCAGAAACCAACAAGAAGCUACUGAAGGUGAUCAAGAACCCCAUCACUGACCACCUGCCUGUAGGAUGCCGCAAGAUUGGCACGUCCUUUGAGAGUCCCUGCGUGCAGCCCUCCGAGCUGGUGCCUCCUGACGACAAGCCUAUUGUUAUCGUGGUGGGGGCGAUGGCUCAUGGCAAGGUUGAAGUGGACUAUGUUGAAGAAUCGUUUGCAAUUUCCCAGUAUCAUCUGUCGGGAGCUCUCGCCUGCGCCAAGAUCUGCACUGCUUUUGAACAGAAAUGGGGAGUGUUGUGAAAAUAAAAUGUUUAUAAUUGA